AUGUGGGACUCGUGGAAUUUAUAUCGUUACUUUCAUGGUCGACAACUGGUGCUCGCUAUUAACCUCGCUGCAGGUUUGAGCAUCUUCUUCUUUGGUUAUGACCAAGGAGUAAUGAGCGGCGUCAACAUUUCACCCGAUUACAUCCAAGUGAUGGGUUUAAGCGGCCAAGAGGCGUUACUCGGAGGUGUGGUUGCUGUGUACUACGCUGGAACAUGCGCUGGGGCCCUUAUGGGGGGUUACAUAGGCGAUAAAAUUGGACGUAUUCGAACAGUGGUUGUUGGCUCACUCAUCGCCAUCCUCGGUGCUGUUUUACAAACUACAGCACAAGAUGUUGCAUGGAUGAUGGCAUCCCGUAUCAUUACUGGUAUUGGCACAGGCCAUUUAAAUGCGAUUGUGCCAGUAUGGAGUGCUGAGACAAGCCAUCACACGAGUCGCGGCAUGUUUAUUGCCAUGGAGUUUACGCUCAACAUUUUUGGGCUGGUGGUAGCGUAUUGGAUCGACUACGCAAUGAGCUUUACAGGGGGUGCACUGCGUUGGAGAUUCCCCAUAGCGUUUCAAUUAGUGCCUUUGCUAUUCCUUGCUAUUGGUAUCAAUUUCUUCCCUGAAAGCCCAAGAUGGCUAUGCAAAGUGGGUCGUGAACAAGAAGCGAUUGACAUCCUCAGCUCUUUGCGUGGUGAUGGUGAUCCUGCUCAUCCAGAGGUUCAAAAAGAAUACAACCAGGUGAUGGAAGCAAUACAAGUAGAGGCUCAAGAAGGUGAACCAUCCUAUUGGAGCAUGCUGUUUAAAAAGGAUAGUCUUAAUAUCCCGCGGCGUGUGCAUCUAAGCAUUUGGUUACAAAUCCUUCAAGAGCUGACUGGAAUUGGGUAA